GAAGCCCAAAAAUGGCUGCGGCCCCUUUAAGACGUGCCCGCUUCCUUUUUCCUCCCUCCGCCCCUUUCAAUCGGCGCGUACCAAGUGCAGAGGGAGGAGAGGGGUGGAGAAGCCUCGGCGCCGAAGGAAGGGGGUAACCGAGAAGGCGAGGUCAGAAGAGAAGAAGGCCUCGACGAAUGAUUCUCCUGUCCUUUCUCCGGAGGGUAUAUCUUCCUGGAGACAAGGACAAGGAGAGAACAUGCCCCCGGGUCCUGGGUCUACGCGUCCCCGAGAGGGAGAUGGCAUCCACACCUACCAGGAAUGAGGAGAAAAAGGGCAGCAGGAUGUCCCAAGCGGCAACCCCCUCUGGUGGAAGUCUGAAGGUUUCAUUAUCCCGAUCUGAGGAAUUCCUGACUCGGAUCAGCACAGAGCUCACCAACGAGGCCUUGUUUAUCGCUGGCUGCCCCACGAACUCUGUGCCCACCAAGGAAAAACAGACCCAAGACCGAGGGACUCAGAUAUCCAAACAUGUGUUCUUCAAGACCCGAGGCACCGACACCCGUUCGGACAGAAACCGUACCCGUACUAAGGCACACCUCCUGCCAUCCCCUCGUGACAAGGUAUAUACUGAGUCCACACUGACAAGCCCCUUCCGUGUUCUAAACAUUUAGAGUUCACAGGUUAUGCCAGGCCCAGUUUUAGGAGCCUGGGACCCAGAAAUGAAGGAUACGGUCUCUGCCCUUGAAGAGUUCACAGUUUGAUGUGUUGCCAGUCAAGUAGAUGGUCAAUUACAACAUGGUAUGGAUCCAUGCCUGUGAUAGAAUUGGAAACAUCAAGAAGAGCACUUAUCCCAGCCUUGGGAUAGGAGGGAAAGGAAUCAUGGAGCUUCCUGGUGGAGGUGACAUUUAAAGAAAGAAUAUUCCAGAAAAACAAUGGUUUGGUCAGGGUAUUCCAAGUGGUAGGGCCUGUAUGAAUGAGCAAAGGCAUGAGGUGAGUUUCAGUAGAGUGAAUGGGGGUAUGUCAGUGUAUGGUCUUAGGGCGGGAGAGAAAGUGGGGUCAGAAGCAGCUGAGUUGCUGGAGUACGGAGGCAUGGGAGCCAAGGUCUACUCAGAGACCCUAUGCAUGCAUGCCUUAUUAAGAUCAGAAGUCCCUGAAGAGCUUUGAGCAAGGGAGGUUGUAAUCUUAGAUCAGUCACUCUGGUAGUCAGUGGGGAGAGUGAGCUAGAAAGGGGAGAUGAGAAGUGGAGCCCAGUUAGCAAUCAUGCCAAGAGACUAAGCUUGUGAUGAUCGGGCCCUGAAUUGUCACAGUAAUAAUAGAGAUGAGAAGAGGGGCAGAGACGAGAAAUAAAGACCAGGAAAACUGAGUUUGGUCAUUGAGUAGAAAUGGUAGGGGGAAAAAAAUAGAGGAAAUCAGAUGACCCAUCCCCACGUUUCUGACUUCUGUAACUUAAGUCUGAUGAAGUCAGGCUUCUGCUCUGAACUCCAACCUCGUUCCCCAUUUCAAAGGAAAAGCCAAAGUCCUUCGGUGGCUGCUUACGGGGCCUCUCUCCU